UAUUAUAUAACUAUUGUAAUCCUGCAUUGACAUAUAUAAAGGAUCUCUACUUAAAGUUAUGUCAGUCGAGUUCAAUUGUACAACACACACUCUGAUAGUCUUUAGGGAGUGGAAAAGAAAACGUAACAGCAGCAGUUCUGCAAUCAGCUUAUGAGAUGGAAUAUGACGCUGAAAUACCAGAGAACAAAAGCAUAAAGGAAGAGAAUUUGCUAGGGGAAGUGUACACAAUAUCAGACAAACUGAACAUGGAAAAAGACAAAAGGGACCGAUCACUAUCUGAGUUUGAAGGAACUUCAGAGGUUGAAAAUGUUAAGGAUCUUAUUAAAGGUAGUUAUGGAACCACUGAGGGUGAAAAUUUUUAUGCAUCACGCUUAGUUUCCAAGGCUAUUGAAGAAAAUGGUAGAUCAGUGGAAGCCCCUGUAUCAGUCGAUACACCAAACAAAUCAGAUGAAACAUCUUGUGAAAUGAACAAUGUUGAGAACACAUCUAUCCCCUUGACCGUCCGAGGAGAUGUUAGCUCUGAAAAAUAUAAAACGGAGGAGGCAGACGCUGAAGCAAUCAAAUCACCUGGUGACGCUAACGAUGAGAAAGCAGUCAAAGAUGAGAAUGACUACAAUGGCGAUAGAAAAAUUUUCUUAUCCCCCAAUUCAGAGUGCCAAAGAGGAGAGGACGAGAAAAAAGAGACAGGAGAUGGAGAGGGUGCUAGAAAUGUGCUUUUUAACUCAUUUAUUGAUGUUGCAGAAGAAACCAGGUCAGAUUAUGCUGAAUCAGAUACGAGUGGGAAACAUGGGGACAACUCAAUCGAGAAGGGAAACCAAGAUGUUGCUGACCAUCCAGCAGUAGAGCAAAAAACUGAAGAACUAGAAAUUGAAGAAAAACAUGAAAAACCAAUUAUUGAAGAGAAAACUAAAGAACCAAUAGUUACGGAGAAACAUGCAGGAUCAGCGGUUGAAGAAAAAACUGAAGAACCAGCAGUUAAAGUAAAAACUGAAGAACCAGUUGUGCAAGAGAAACCUGAAGAAACAGAGGUUCAGGAGAAAUUUGAAAGAACAGUGGUUGAAGAGAAGCCCGAAGAACUAAAGGUUGAAGAAACACCAAAAAAACCAACAAGGGAAAAAACAUCCAAGGAGCUAGAGUUUGAAGAAAAAACUGAGAAGGUAACUUUCUUGGAAAAGAAAAUCCAAGUUGUAGACUUGAACGACAAAAGUGAGAAUGAACUUCCAUGCAAUACCAACAAUGAUGCUGCUAACUUUGCAGAAUUUGAGGAACCAGCAGUUGAAGAAAAACCUGAAGAAGUACAGAAACCUGAUUUACCCAUGGUUAGGGAGAAAUAUGAAGAACCAAUGGUUGAGGAAAAAUCUGAAGAAUCAUUUGAGGAGAAAACUCAAAAUCCAGAGGCUGGAGAGAAACCUGAAGAACCAACAGCUAAAGAAAUACCUGAAUAUCUAGCAGAGGAGGAAAUGCCUGAAGAGCUAGCCCUUGAAGAGAAACCUAGAGAACCAAAAGUUGAAGAGACACUUGAAGUACUAGAUGUUGAAGAGAGAUCUGAAAAAAAAGCAAUUGAAGAGGAGAAACCUGAAACGGAAGCUCUUCAGGAGAAUAAUUCACCAAUUGAACAGUCAAAGAACAAGACAGACAAUGCAAUUCAAUGCAAUACUGACAAUGCUAUUGCCGAUCAUGAAUCAGUUGAGGAAAAAACUGAAGAAACAGUAGUUGAAAAUAAACAUGAAGAACCAACAAUUGAAGAGAAAUCUGAAGAGUCAGUGGUUAUGAAAAAACCUGAACAACUGGUAGUUGAAGAGAAAUCUGAAAAACCAGUAGCAGGAGAGGAACUUGAAGAACCACCGAUUGAGGAGACACUAGAAGAACCAGCAGUUGAAGAUAAACCUGAAAAACCAGUAACUGAAGAAGCACCUGAAGAACCAACACAGGAAGAAAAACCAAAUGAACAAGCAUUUGAAGAGAAACCUGAAAACCCAGUAACUGAAGAAGCACCUGAAGAACCAACACAGGAAGAAUCACAAAAGGACCUAUCAUUUGAGGAGAAACCAGCAGUUGAAGAUGAGAAACCCAAAAAAGUAUCUCUUUUGGAGAAGAAAAUGCUAGUUGUAGACUCUAAGGACAACACUGAUAGUGAUAUUCCAUGCAAUACCAACAACGAUGCUGCUUACUAUCCAGAAUCUGCGGAAAAAACCGGCGAACCAGCAGUUGAAGAAAAACCUGAAACCCCAGUUUUUGAAGAGAAACGUGAUGUAUCAGAGACUAAAGAGAAACCUGAAGAACCAACGGUUGAGGAGAAACCUGAACCAACGGCUGAAGAGAAACCUAAGGAACCGACAGCGAAAGAAACACCUAAAGAGCUAGCAGGGGAGGAAACACAUGAAGAACUAGCAUUUGAAGAAAAACAUGAAGAAACAACUGUUGAAGACAUACCUGAAAAACCAGCAGUAAUGGAGGAGGAGAAACCUUUAACAGAAGGGCUUCUGGAGAAGAAUUUGACAAUUGUAGACUCAAAGGACAAGAUAGACGAUGCAAAUCCAUGCAAUACCACCAACAAUGAUAUUGCUAACUAUGCAUCAGUUGAGGAAAAACCUGACGAACCAGUAAUUGGAAAAACACAUGAAGAAUUAGCAAUUGAAGAUAAAUCUGAAGAAUCAGUUGUUUCGGAGAAGCUUGAAGAACUAAUGGUUGAGAAAAAAACUGAACAACCAACAGUUGAAGAGAAACCUCAAAAACCAGCAGUUGGGGAGAAACAUGAAGAACCAGCCGUUGAAGAGGAGAAACCUGAAAAAAAUAUGCUAAUUGUAGACUUGAACGACAAAACUGGUAGUGAAAUUCCAUGCAAUGCCGGUAAUGAUGUUGCACACUUUCCAGACACUGAGGAAAAUCCUGAAGAAUCGGCAUUUCAAGAAAAAACUGAAGAAUCAGUCAUUGAACAGCAACCUGAUGUACCAGCAGUUAAGGAGAAACCUGAAGAACCAACAUUUGAGGAGAAAACUGAAGUACUAGUUGAGGAGAAACCUCAAGAACCGGCGUCUAAAGAGAGACCUGAAGAAGCGGCAGCUAAAGAAACAGCUGAAGAGCUAGCAAAGGAGGAAGCACCUGAAGAACUAGCACUUGAAGAGAAACCUGAAGAAUCAACAGUUGAAGAGACACCUGAAGAACUAGUUCAGGAAGAGAAAGAUGAAAAAACAGCUAUUAAAGAGAAGGAACUUGUUAGGAAAGCUCUUCAGGAGAAGAAAUUGUCGAUUGUAAACGCAGAGGAUAAUAUAGACAAUGCAAUUCCAUGCAAUACCAACAAUGACAUUGCUGACUAUGCAUUAGUUGAGGAAAAAACUGAAGAAUCAGCGAUUGAAGAGAAAUCUGAAGAAUCAGCUAUUGAAGAGAAAUCUGAAGAAUCAAGGAUUUUGGAGAAAUCAGAAGAACCUGCGGUUGAGAAAAUUCCUGAACAGCCGACAAUUGAAGAGAAACCUGAAAGCCCAACAGUUGGAGGAGAAAAGCUUGAAGAACCAUUGGUUGGAGAGACGACCGAAGAACCGACAAUUGAGGAGAAACCUGAAAAAACAGUAACUGAAGAAACACCUAAGGAACCAUCAUUUGAAGAGAAACAUGACGAACCAACCGUUGAAGAGGAGAAACCUGAAAAGGUAACUCUUUUGGAAAAGGAUAUGCUAAUUGUAGACUCGAAGACCAAAACUUGCAGUGAAAUUCCAUCCAACACCAAUAAUGAUGUUGCUCACUCUCCAGACAUCGAGGAAAACCCUGAAGAAUUGGCAGUUGAAAUAAAAAAUGAAGAACCAGUCAUUGAAGAGAAACCUGAUGUACCAGCAGUUAAGGAGAAAUCUGAAGAAUCAAAAUUUGAGGAGAAAUCUGAAGUACCAGCUGAGGAGAAACCUCAAGAACCGGCGGCUGAAGAGAAACCUGAAAAAACAGUAGCUAUAGGAACAGCUGAAGAACUAGCACUUGAAGGGAAACCUGAAGAACUAACAGUUGAAGAUACAUCUGAAGAGCUACUUGUCGAAGAGAAAGAUGAAAAACCAGCAAUUAAAGAGGAGGAACCUGAAACGGAAGCUCUUCAGGAGAAGAAUUUGCCAAUUGUAAACUCAAAGAACACAACAGACAAUGCAAUUCCAUGCAAUACCAACAAUGACAUUGCUGACUAUGCAUUAGUUGAGGAAAGAACUGAAGAACCAGAAGUUGAAGAGAUAUCUGAAGAAUCAGCUAUUAAAGAGAAAUCUGAAGAAUCAAGGGUUUUGGAGAAACUAGAAGAACCAGUGGUUGAGAAAACACCUGAACAGCCGACAAUUGAAGAGAAACCUGAAAACCCAACAGUAGGAGGAGAAAAGCUUGAAGAACCAUUGGUUGGAGAGACAACCAAAGAACCAACAAUUGAGGAGAAACCUGAAAAUACAGUAACUGAAGGAACACCGAAGGAACUAUCAUUUGAAGAGAAACAUGACGAACCAACCGUUGAAGAGCAGAAACCUGAAAAGGUAACUCUUUUGGAAAAGGAAAUGCUAAUUGUAGACUCGAACGCCAAAACAGGAAGUGAAAUUCCAUGCAAUGCCAAUAAUGAUGUUGUUCACUCUCCAGACAUCGAGGAAAAUCCUGAAGAAUCGGCAGUUGAAAUAAAAAAUGAAGAACCAGUCAUUGAAGAGAAACCUGAUGUACCAGCAGUUGAGGAGAAACCUGAAGAACCAAAAUUUGAGGAGAAAUCUGAAGUACCAGCUGAGGAGAAACCUCAAGAACCGGCAACUGAAGAGAAACCUGAAAAACCGGCAGCUAUAGAAACAGCUGAAGAACUAGCACUUGAAGGGAAACCUAAAGUACUAACGGUUGAAGGUACAUCUGAAGAGCUAGUUGUUGAAGAGAAAGAUGAAAAUACAGCGAUUGAAGAGGAGGAACCUGAAAUGGAAGCUCUUCAGGAGAAGAAUUUGCCAAUUGUAAACUCAAAGAACACAACAGAGAAUGCAUAUCCAUACAAUACCAACAAUGACAUUGCUGACUAUGCAUCAGUUGAGGAAAAAACUGAAGAAGCAGAAGUUGAAGAGAUAUCUGAAGAAUCAGCAGUUGAAGAGAAAUCUGAAGAAUCAAGGGUUUUAGAGAAACCAGAAGAACCAUCGGUUGAGAAAAUACCUGAACAACCGACAAUCGAAGAGAAACCUGAAACACCAACCGUGGGAGAAAAGCUUGAAGAACCAUCAGUUGAGGAGACGAUCAAAGAACCAAAAAUUGAGGAGAAACCUGAAAAACAAGUAACUGAAGAAACACCCAAGGAACUAGCGUUAGAAGAGAUACAUAAAGAACCAGCAAUGAAAGAGGAGAAACCUGAAAAGGUAACUCUUUUGGAAAAGAAUAUGCUAAUUGUAGACUCAAACACCAAAACUGGCAGUGAAAUUCCAUGCAAUACCAAUAAUGAUGUUGCUCACUCCCCAGUCAUUGAGGAAAAUCCUGAAGAAUCGGCAGUUGAAAUAAAAAAUGAAGAACUAGUCAUUGAAGAGAAACCUGAUGUACCAGCAGUUGAGGAGAAACCUCAAGAACCAACAUUUGAGGAGAAAUCUGAAGUACCAGCUGAGGAGAAACCUCAAGAACCAGCGACUGAAGAAAAACCUCAGGAACCGGCAGCUAUAGAAACACCUGAACUAGCACUUGAAGAGAAACCUGAAGAACCAACGGUUGAAGAUACAUCUGAAGAGCUAGUUGUUGAAGAGAAAGAUAAAAAGCCAGCAAUUGAAGAGGAGGAACCUGAAAUGGAAGCUCUUAAGGAGAAGAAUUUUCCAAUUGUAAACUCAAAGAACACAAUAGACAAUGCAAUUCCAUGCAAUACCAACAAUGACAUUGCUGACUUCGCAUCAGUUGAGGAAAAAACUGAAGAACCAAUAGUUGAAGAGAUAUCUGAAGAAUCGGCAAUUGAAGAAAAAUCUGAAGAAUCAAGGGUUCCGGGGAAACCAGAAGAAACAGCGGUUGAGAAAAUACCUGAACAACCGACAGUUGAAAAGAAACCUGAAAAACCAACCGUGGGAGAAAAGUUUGAAUUACCAUCAGUUGAGGAGACAAUCGAAGAACCAAAAAUCAAGGAGAAACCUGAAAAACAAGUAAUUGAAGAAACAACUAAGGAACUAGCAUUUGAAGAGAUACAUGAAGAAACAGCCAUGGAAGAGGAGAAACCUGAAAAGGUAACUCUUUCGGAAAAGAAUAUGCUAAUUGUAGACUCAACUGAAAAAACUGGCAGUGAAAUCCCAUGCAAUACCAAUAAUGAUGUUGCACACUCUCCAGACAGUGAGGAAAAUCCUGAAAAAUCGGCAGUUGAAGAAAAAACUGAAGAACCACUCAUUGAAGAGAAACCUGAUGUACCAGCUAUUAAGGAGAAUCCCGAAGAACUAACAUUUGAGGAGAAAUCUGAAGUACCAGUUGAGGAGAAACCUGAAGAACUAGAGAUGACAGAGAAACCUGAAGAACCGGUGGCUAUAGUAACACCUGAAGAGCUUGCAUGGCAGGAAACACCUGAAGAACUAGACAUUGAAGAGAAACCUGAAGAACCAACAGUUGAAGACACAUCUGAAGAACUAGUUGUUGAAAAGAAAGAUGAAAAACCAGCAAUUGAAGAGGAAGAACCUGAAACGGAAGCUCUUCAGGAGAAGGACAAGACAGACGAUGCAAUUCCAUGCAAUACCAACAACGACAUUGCUGACUAUGCAUCAGUUGAGGAAAAAACUGAAGAGCCAGUAGUUGAAAAUAAACAUGAAGAACAAGCAAUUGAAGAGAAAUCAGAAGAAACAGCAAUUCCAGAGAAGCCAGAAGAACCAGUGAAUGAGAAAAAACCUGAACCGCCGGCAAUUGAAGAGAAACCUAAAGAAACAACAGCGGAAAAGAAGCUUAAAGAACCAUUGGUUGAGGAGAUUGAGGAGAAACCUGCAAAACCAAUAACUGAAGAACCAAAAUGGGAAGAAACACCUGACAAUCUAUUAUUUGAAGAGAGACCAGCACUUGAAGAGGAGACAUCCAAAAAGGUAGCUCUUUUGGAAAAGAAUAUGUUAGUUGUAGACUCGAACGACAAAACUGGCAAUGGAACUCCAUGCAAUGCCAAUAAUGAUGUUGCUCACCCUCCACAAGUUGAGGAAAAUACUGAAGACUCAGUAGUUGAAGAAAGAACUGAAGAACCAGCUAUUGAAGAGAAACUUGAUGUACCAGCGGUUAAGGAGAAACCUGAAAAACCAGUGGUUGAGGAGGAACCUCAAGAACCAGCGGCUAAAGAAGCACCUGAAGAGCUAGAAGGGGAGGAAAUACCUGAAGAAUUAGCACUUGAAGAGAAAACUGAAGAACCAACGGUUGAAAAUACACCUAAAGAACUAAUUGUUGACGAGGAGAAACCUGAAACAGAAGCUCUUCUAGAGAAGAAUUUGCCAAUGGAAGAUCCAAAGGACAAGAUAGAUGAUGCAAUUCCUUGCAAUACCAACAAUGAUAUUGCUGACUAUAAAUCAGUCGAGGAAAAACCUCAAGAACUAGUAGUUGAAAAAGAACAUGAUGAAACAAUGAUUGAAGAAGAAUCUGAAGUAUUGGCUGUCAUGGAGAAGCCUGAAGAUCCAGCGGUUGCGAAAAACCUUGAAGAACUGGCAGUUGAAGAAGAACAUGAAAAACCAACUGUGGAGGUGAAAUUUGAAGAACCAUCGGCUGAGGAGAAACUACAAGAACCAAAGGUUGAAGUGAAACCUGAAAAGACAAUAACUGAAGAGACACCCAAAGAAUCAGCACAGGAAGAAACACCUAAUGAACUAGCAUGUGAAGAAAAACCUGAAGAACCAGCAGUUGAAGAGGUGAAACCUGAAGAACCAACAGGUGAAGAAGAGAAACCUGAAAAGGUAACUCUUUUGGAUAAGAAUUUGCUAGUUGCAGACUCGAAGGAAAAAACUGACAGUAAAAUUCCCUGCAAUUCUAGCAACGAUGCUGCUCAGAUUUUAGAAGAUGAUAAAAACCCUGAAAAAACAGCCGCCGUGGAAAAACUGGUUAUUGAAGAGAAACUUGAUAUACCAGCAAUUAUGGAGAAACCUGAAGAACCAACAAUUGAGGAGAAAUCUGAAGAACCAGUUGAGGAGAAACCUAAAGAACCAACUGUUGAAGAGAAACUUGAAGAACCAACAACUAAAGAAACACAUGAAGAGCUAGCAGGGGAGGAAGCACCUGAAGAACUACCACUUAAACAGAAACCUGAAGAACCAAUAGUUGGAGAGACCUCUGAAGAGAUAGCUGUUGAAGAGAAACAUGACAAACCAGCAAUUGAAGAGGAGAAACCAGAAAUGGGAACUUUCCUAGAGAAGAAUAUGCCAAUUAUAGACUCAAAGGACAAGAAUGACAGUGAAAUUCUAGGCAAUUCAAACAACGAUGUUGCUUACUAUCCAACAGUUGAAGAUAAAGCUGAAGUACAGGUAGUCAAAGAAAAACAUGAAAAACAAGUGAUUGAAGAGAAAUGUGAAGAACCAGCGGUUGAUGAAAAAACUGAUGAACCAGCAGUGACAGAGAAACCUGAAGAACCACCGGCUGUGGAAAAAGAAACUGAAGAACAAGUCCUCGAGGAGAAACUUGAAGAACCAACAGUUGAGAAAUCUGAGGAACCUGUAGCUGAAGAAACACCUGAAGAUCUAGCAGUUGAAAAGAACCUUGAGAAACUAGUAAUCGAAGAGAAACCUGAAAAGGUAACUUUGUUGGAAGAGAAUAUGUCAGCUAUAGAUUCAAACGGGAAGACUGACACUGAAACUGCAUGUGAUAACAACAUUGAUGUUGCUGACUAUCCAGCAGUUGAGGAAAAAACUGAAGAACCAAUGGUUGAGGAAAAACAUGAGGAACCGAUUGUUGAGGAUAAAGCUGAAGAACCAGUAACAAAUGAGAAACUUCAAAAAUUGGCAAUUGCAGAAACACUUGAAGAGCAAGCAAGAGCGGAAACACCUGAAGACCUAACAGUUGAGGAGAAACCCAACAAACCAGCAGUUGAAGAGACACCGGAAGAACUAACUAUUGAACAGAAAUCUGAAAAACAAGUAGUUGAAACGGUGACUCUCUUGGAAAAGAAUAUGCCAGAUAUGGACUCAAGUCGCUCAACAGACAAGAUCAAUGGUGAAAUUCUCUGCAACGACAACAGUGAUGUUUCUGACUAUCCAGCUGUUGAGGAAAAACAUGAAGAAAUAGUAAUAGGGAAAAAAUAUGAGGAUCUAGCACCGAAAGACAAACCUAAAGAACCAGUUGUAUCGGAGAAACUCCAAGAACUAAUGGUUGAGGAGACACCUGAAAAAUUAGUAGUUGAAGAGAAGCUUGACGAACCAGCUGCAGGGGAAGAAACAGUUGAUAAACCAGCACCGGAGGAAACACCUGACAAACAAGUAGCUGAAGAGAAACAUGAAGAAGUAGCUGUUGAAGAGAAACUAGAGAAAGCAGCAGCUGAAAAGGUAACGUCCCUCGAAAAGCAGAAUAAGCAUGCUGUGGACUCAAACGAUAAGACUGGCAAUGAAAUUUUAUGCAAUACGAACAAUGAUAUUGCUGAAAUUGAGGAUGAAACCGAAGAUUCAGCAGUUGAAGAGAAACUCAAGGAGUCGACAGUUGAAGAGAAACCGGAAGAACUUGCCAUCGAGGAGAAACUCGAAGAACCGGAGAAACCUGACAAACCAGCAGUUGAAGGGACACCUGAACAACUAGUUGACGAGAAACCUCAAGAAAUUUCAAGCAACACCAAUGAAGUUGAGGAAACGCCUGAAGAUUCAGCAGUUGAAGAGAAACCAGUGGAACCGACAGUUGAACAGAAACCAGAAGAACCAGUUGUUGGGGAGAAACUUGAAGAAUCAAAACUUGAGGAGAAACCCAAAGAACCAGCCGUUGAGGAGAAAUCUGACGAACCAGUGAUUGAAGGGACACUUGAAGAACCAGUGGCGAAAGAAACACCUGAACAACCAAUGAUUGAACAGACACCUCAAGAACCAGAAGUUCAAGAGAAACCAAAAGAACCAACAGCUCAAGGGAAACUUGAAGAACCAGCAAUUGAUGAAAAACUUGAGGAACCAACAGUUGAGGAGAAACCUGAAGAACCAGCAGUUAAAGAAAAAUCUAAAGAACCAGCAGUUGAUGAAAAACUUGAGGAACCAGCAGCAAUUGGAGAAAACCCUGAAGAACUAGCAGUUGAAGGAAAAUUUGAAGAACCAGCUGUUGAAGUAACAGCCAAACCAAAAAUUGAAGAGAAACCCCAAGAAUCAGUGAUUGAGGAGCAAUCUCAAGACCACGAGGUGAAAGAAACACCUGAAGAACCAGUGGUUAAAGAGACACAUGAAGAGCUAGCAGUUGAAAAGAAACCUGAAGAACUAGCAACUGAAGAACAAGUAGUUGACCAAAAACUCGAGGAACCAACAGUUGAGGCGAAACCUGAAGAAGCUACAGUUCAAGAACCAGCAGUUGAUGAAAAACAUGAAGAACCAUCAGUUGAGGAGAAACCUGAGGAAUCAGCAGUUGAGAAAUUUGAAGAACCAACAAUUAAAGAAAAACCUGAAGAACCAGAGGAUCCAGCAGUUAAAGAGAUACCUGAAGAACUAGCAGUUAAAGAGAAACUUGAAGAACCAAUAAUUGAAGAGAAAUCUAAAGAACCACCAAUUGAUGAAGAACCCAAAAAACAAAACAAGGAAGAGACACAAGCUGCCCCUGAAAGAAUUGAUGAAUCUCAAACACAUAUAAUAGAGAAAGAAGAAGGUUUGAUUGGAAAACAGGCAGAACGGUUUGUCAAAGAAACAGCACAACCUUGCAAAGAAGUUGAAACUGAGAUAAAAGAACUUAAAGAUAUCAAUGCUGGUGAUGAGUCAAACAAUAAUGCCCUACAAAAAGAAGAAAUGACUCUUGAUGAACUUCCAACAUCCGUCAAACAAGAGAUGGCAGCAAAUAACUAUGAAGAAGGCAAAGUGGUUUCAGAAAUCCCCAAUCAAGAGAAUGUUCAGCAAGCCAAUCUAACCACAGAAGAGGCUAAUGACGCCCGUGGAGCAGAGAACGUAACUAAACUUUCUUCAGAAGAAAUGAGGGUGGAGGACUGUACUAAAAAGGUUGAAAGCUCUGAUUUCGGGCUCCAAAAUCAUAAUAAGUACACAGAUGCAGAUACGCUUGAGCUACAUAACAGAGAAAUAGAUAUUAGCUAUAUUCUCAAUACUCCAAUUGAAAAAGAAACAAAUGGAAGAAACAGUGAAAAGAUAUCUGAAUCCACAGAAGAACUUAUCCAUCAGACAUCUGAGAUUUCUGAAGAAAACAAAGCAGCAGUAGUUACAGGCACCAAUAUGUUACAAAGCUGUGCAGGCCCACAGGAACAACUGAAGCAUCAGUUAGCUGAGCUAGGCGAAGAGAAACAGGCAGGAGGAAUAGCAGACACCAAUACUGAGAAGCCUUACAUUGCACCUGUUCAGGAGAUCAUUGACAAAUCAGAAACAGAGGAUAUUUCCAGUGCGGAUUGCCUUGAAGAAGAAAAUAGCCUCAGAACCAACCAAGAGAAGUUAAAAGAGGGAGAAAAUUCAGAAGUGAAGACAGAUGAAAAUUUUGACAGGGGAGAUGAAUUCCAAAGCAUAAUGAUAUUGAAAGGAGUUGAAAAGGAUGAUCACAAGCAGCAUAUAAAACACAACACAUGUGCAGUCAUGGAUACAGAAGAGCAGAAUGAAGAUUCACCUGCUGGAGAACAAACAUCCAAAAAGCUAGAAGGACUGGAGAAAGUUGAUAUUGAUGACAAUAACAAUAUUAAUCAUCAAAGUACUGAGACAAACCUCUCAGAAGAGGCCACAGAAUCAAAGAGUGAACGUGUUGCGAUGGAAAUUAAGACUCCAAUCAAAGAGGAGGAACAAGAAGAAGAUUUAAGACAGACCACCGGUGAAGAUUCCUCAAACAACACAACACAGGUGCGAAAAGAGGAGGAAACAACAAUGAGUGAACCCGAAAGGAAAAGUUUGGAACCUUUUGGAUCAGAACGAAAAACAGCAGCAGGUUUCGGAGAGAUGAUAACAUGCAAUGAGACAAAGGUAACCGAACAUUUCACAUCAUUGAAAUCUGUUACGGUUUCGGAAAAGGAGAUGGAUAACAUGGUGAGCAAUGAGAGCAAUACAACUAAGCAGAUACAAGAGCAAGCAGCAUAUCCUCUACUUACAUUGGAGAGGGAGGAAACUAUUCCAACAAGCAGCACUGAUGCCAACGGUACUCCGAAAGACAGCAUUACCCCACAUGUGGAACUGGGUGCAGAGGCCAAAAAUAUCCAGUACAUGCAGGAAAAAUGCAAAAGUUCUGAAACAGAACAACAUCAGGAAAAUUAUGAAAACAAGAAAGAAGUUGAAUGUGAUUCAAAAGAAGUACCAGAGGAAUCCAUAUCGAGAGAGACACAAGCUAAGGCCACACUAUCUGAUCUUGUGCAUGUAUCAACAAAAGAGGCAUCAAAAAUUGAGGAAGACUUUGCUGAAGAAAGAGAAGGCAAUGACAGAGAAGAGGAGGAAAUUCAAAAAAUAAGAGAUGAGUCAAGUUCUGAAGAUCCAGUGAUCGUAGAAAUCUCCAGAGAUGCUGAUAUCAAAGUUCCUCCCAAAAAACAUCAGAACAUAUUGUCAGGAGUUGGAUCAAAAGUCAAGCACUCAAUUGCAAAGGUGAAGAAAGCCAUCACUGGUAAGUCCUCUCAGACCAAGCCAUCAUCACCAAAGUAAGGCGGAGAAAAAAGAUCAAGAAUUCACAUUAUACAAAGUUGUAAGUACUCAAGAAAAACAAAGUGAAAAGCUUUUCAGCUACUCUAGUUUUUAAUGAAGUAGAAAAGUUUGUUCAGAAUGUGUGAUCUUAUUGUAUUAGGAGUUCCAUAAUUAUUGGAUACAUACUAGCAACUUCUCAGCGACAACUCAAUAACAUCAACCAGUUCCACCACA